GGCAGACAAAUUUGCAUGGAAGAAGUAGGAAUAUAAUAUUUAUUUAGUUAAAUUCUAGAGCUGUGAACAUAUUAUUCGGAAGUGAUGCUUAGAGGAGGUUUGAUUCAUAGGUUCGGCAAUGUACCAUGGCUGAGCAAAUGUGUGCAUUCCGGGGCGUUGGAUUUAAACUAUUUUUCUGUUUCACGGGCACAUAUAAAAGCAAAAGCUGAAACGGAUUUGGGAGAGCAAACAAGUAUUCCUGCUGAAAAUGAGUUGGUUAUUUAUAACAGUCGACGAAACAUAGAUGCCAGACCACGUAAACUUAAUCUUUUAGCCAAGCAAAUUCGCUACCUUCCACUGUCAGACGCCAUACAGCAAAUGGAGUUUUCUGUCAAGAAAGCGGCAACUAGUAUCAAGGAGGUCUUAAUAGAAACACAAAACAAAGCCAAAAGUGAUCAUGGCAUCACAAAUGCAUCUGAUUUGUGGAUUGCUGAGUCCUAUGUUGGUAGAGGAUUCAUUGAGAAGAAUAUGAUCCGACAUGGCCGAGGAAGAUAUGGGAGGGGGAGAAAGGCGUUUACUCACUAUUUUGUCGUCGUUAAAGAAGGGUUGCCGAAACCCAAAGACCAAAGACGGAGCUACGACAACAAGACAGAAUUUGAACGUUACGUUGAAUACAAACCAAGGAUACUGGAUAGUCAUGCAUGGUGGUAAAGUACUGCAUUGUGUAUUAUUUUUCUAGUCAGUGAAUAGCCCGUGCAUGUGAUGGUGUGAAGUUGCGGAUUUCAAACAAUAUACUAGAAAAAUCGGACAACAGGACAACUCUAUUUGGAAAUCCAAGAUCCGUUGUACGAAAAUAUAUUGAUUUAAAUCGUAUUACAGAAAAGAAUAAUAUCAGUAAUAGUCAUAGUUACGUGACCUCUGAAUACGCACUUGAUGACGAUAGAGUCUUGAAUCCAUACUUUUUCAUCCUGCAUGUCCUUUCUAACGUCCCCUAUGCCCUUUGCUAUUUUAAAAUGCAUUACACAAAUUAUAUGAAAGAUGCUAUUGGCGAAACUAUUUUGGACACUUUCUUAGUCGUUUCUAAUGUCUUUGGUAUAAGCCGCGCGUCUUUAUCCUGAGAAUCUCUCACAAUAUACGUACGUCCAAUGUAAUUUAUGCAAGCACUCCAUGUAAUGCUUUUAAUUGUGAUAAAUCGGCAGGUCGCAAUUAUAAAAAAAUAACUUGGCAGGUCGCAAUUAUAAAAAGGUAUCUUGCACCGACCGGGAGAAAUGGUAAAGAGUGGAUAUCAUAUUUAUAUCGUCCCUAACAAGAGGUAAGUGGUCGAUAUCGUCCCUUCUUGACCACUUCCUGGACUUCUUUUGCUCUCUUUCUUAACCAGAGAAGAAUGGCUGGAACUAAAUGGGUACAUUUUACUAUCGUCAUGCUUGGAAAGUAAUUUCUAAUCUCAAAAGGGUACUCGACGCACGCUGAACAACGAUAUAUAAUUGCAUUUGGCUGAUUUUGAUGAGUUCGUCUGCACCGCUUUCGUGGCUGUUUGAAGAAAUUUAUGUCAUAAUAUUCUGAGGACUUGAUGCAUCAGUUGCUCAUUGACAGCCAACCAUAACUUGUAUAUAAGAGGGGACGGAAUAUAGCUGUCAUUUGAAACCCCUAUUAAGAUCUUCGUAUACAAGACAGUAGAUAUCGUAUUGGCUUAUCGCUUCGAUCAUUCAAUCUAUACGUACAGCUGCGCAUGCAACCGCGCGUCUGUACGUAAUUAAGGUUAUACGGUAAUAAUAACUUCUCAAUAAGCCCGAGCACAGCACAUCUGCUUGCAUGCGUCGUACACGAGUUAAAAUGGACGAAAGCGUUAAUAAAUCGGUAGCCAUGGGAAAGAAUGCGUUUGAUUGCAUUUCACCUCCAGACGAAACGACGAAAGCUCGCGAGAAUCGCAGUUCGUCGCUGAAGAAUAAACAUUCCACGAUAUCGCGGCGCUUCCAAGAGGAUAAAACGAAUUUAUACAGCGUAACUUCACCGCAACAAACAGGAUUUACCGACGACGCCUCUAGGAGAGAAAAUUCCGGACAUUAUGAACGUCCAGCGGGGUCUCCACAAGAAAAUCUUUCCCUUCUUCCCAAACAACGACGCCACGGCGUCACGGAAUGCGAAACGUGCUCGGAACAAAGGCAACGAAAGAUUGGAAUCGCGGAAAACAGGGAUUCCGUGUCGGACAGGACAUUUCUGAGAGUUUUGCACAAGAAGUUUUAAGCUCUAUAUUCAAUUUAGUGCACUAUGUAUAAUGUAUAUCUUCAUUUGAAUAAUCGUUUAGUGACGAAUGCUUUGCCCCACAAUAUCUGACGUGUUGACCUGUUAAUUAAUACCCGUCGCCCAGAUCAACGGUCGACCGUUGAAGAAAUGUUGCACUCGCAAGGAAACUGCCAAUACUGUUUGUUCAGGACUUUUUGCUUUUAUAUUGCAAUAGUCGCUCCAUAAACAAUUACAUAAUGAAGGCGGGAAAAGCGCUCUAAAUGUCCUUGUACCAAUACAGAAUAUGUCGACAUAAUUAUAUGCAUCGCUUCGAAGCUAUUAUUCUAAUUCAACGUUGCUUCGCACAACGGAAUAUUUCAAUUAUUACGAUAAAGUAACCAAUAAAUGCGCAAUUUCUAGCUCAUUUUUCACGUUAAUCGAAGUUCUUAAGUAUCUGACAUUUGUUUCACAGGGUGCGCGUUUCUGUGAUGGAGUGUUAGAUAAAUAUGUUAUGAAUAUUUAAUGACGGGCAGUUUGCAAUCAAUUUAUAAAGUAUAAACAUGACUAUGACUCUAUCGAUAUAUUACGAAACUGCUAUAUUUAAAAUAUUGUUUAAUGAUGAAUUAUUACAUGUGCUUGAAU